AUGUGGGGGCGCAAGGACAAGGAGCUCGAGGCCAAGAAGCGCGAGGCUGAGAAGAAGAAGCAACGGCGUGACAAGCAGUACAACCAGAACCGGACGUCCCAGCAGCACGAGGCGGUGGCGUUCCGGAACUCGGUGGACAUCCAGCCCGAGUGGACGAUGCUGGAUCAGAUCCCCUUCACGACUUUCUCCAAGCUCAACUUCAACGUUGGCGAGCCCGAGGACCUGGCGAUGUGCGGCGCGCUCGAGUACUACGACAAGGCCUACGAUCGCGUCACGCCCAAGACCGACCGCCGCCUUGAGCGCUUCAAGAACAUGAACUUCUUCAAGGUGACGACGAGCGAUGAUCCGGUGAUCCGCCGCCUGGCCAGCGAGGACAAGGCGACGGUGUUUGCGACGGACAACAUCCUCUCCACGCUCAUGUGUGCUCCGCGCUCGGUCUACUCGUGGGACAUCGUCGUCCAGCGCGUUGGAAACAAGCUCUUCUUCGACAAGCGGGACAACUCGCAGCUGGAUCUCUUGUCCGUGAACGAGACUUGCCAGGAGCCACUGCCCGAGGCCAAGGAGGACAUCAACUCGGCGCACUCGCUCAGCGUGGAGGCGGCGUACAUCAACCAGAACUUCUCGCAGCAAGUGCUCGUCCGCGACGGCGGCAAGGUCCAGUUCCAGGAGCAGAACCCGUUCGCCGGGGACAGCGAGGUGGCGGCGAGCGUGGCGUACAGGUACCGCCGCUGGAAGCUGGACGACGAGACGUUCCUGGUGGCGCGCUGCGAGCUCCACAGCGUCAUGGAGUCGAAGAACGGCAGCGUCUUCCUCACGCUCAACGCGCUCAACGAGUUCGAUCCCAAGCUCUCGGGGGUGGACUGGAGGCAGAAGCUGGAGACGCAGCGGGGUGCGGUGCUGGCGACCGAGCUCAAGAACAACGCGAACAAGCUCGCCAAGUGGACCGCGCAGGCGCUGCUGGCGAGCGCGGACGUGAUGAAGCUGGGGUACGUGUCGAGGAUCCAUCCCCGCGAUCACUACAACCACACGGUGCUGAGCGUCCAGGGGCACAAGCCCAAGGAUUUCGCAGCGCAGAUCAAUCUCAUCACCAACAACAUGUGGGGGAUUGUCAAGUCGAUCGUGGAUGUUUGCUUGAAGCUGGCCGAAGGUAAGUAUGUUCUUGUCAAGGAUCCGCAGAAGCCACAGGUGAGAUUGUACCUGGUUCCAUCGGAUGCGUUUGAGAAUAAGUAUGUGGAGGAGCCGCUGCCCGAGGAAGAACAGGUUCCACCGCCGCCGGCGGAGGAAGAGAGCGGCGGCGCCAAGCCAAGUGAGGAGAAGGAUGUUUAA